AUGGGUAGUGCCGUAGAAACCGAGCAAGGCCUCCACGUCCUAAUUGCAGGCGCUGGAAUUGGCGGCCUUUCAGCUGCUAUAGCAUUACGACAGCAAGGACACCGCGUCGAGCUCUUCGAGCGCUCCCGCUUCGCCAACGAGAUCGGAGCCGCAAUCCACCUUACACCCAAUGCGAAUGCCGCGCUUCUAAAGCUCGGAAUUAAUGCGACGACACUCGGUGCUGUGGAGUCUGAAAAGCUCCGUGUCUUCCCUCCAAACGGGCCGGAGAUAUUCUCGUUGGACAUCAAGAAGACUGCUGGUUUCUGGAGGCAUCGCUGGCUUCUCGUCCACCGGGCGCAUCUCCAUGAGGGCCUGAAAAUUGCUGCUCAAGCUCCCGGCCCUGGAGUGCCUGCCAAACUACACACCUCCAACAAGGUAGUAGACAUUGAUCCCCACAGCGCAACUAUCACCCUCGAAAACGGAGAAAAGGUAACUGGCGAUAUUGUUCUCGGCGCAGACGGCGUACACUCGGUCGCAAAGACGAAACUUUCUGGUGGAAAGAAUAUAAAAACCUUCAGCUCAGGAAAGAAUGCCUUCCGGUUCUUGAUUUCUCGGAAGGAUGCACUGGAUGACCCCGAGACAAAAGAACUCGUGAAUGAGCCGGGAACAUGGUACAUGUUUGACAGCCCCGACCUUCGCGUUGUUGUGUAUCCCUGUGCCAACAAUGAUCUGCUGAAUUUCGUGUGCAUCCAUCCGGAGUCCUUGUCCAAGAUCCACGAUGGUUCUGAGUGGGAUCAGGGUGCAAGCAAGGAAUCAUUGCUGGAGGUGUACAAGGAUUUCAGCCCACAGGUCCGCAGAUUGCUAGCGAAAGCUGACCCAACCACGUUGAAGGUGUGGCCGUUGCUUGACACCGAUGACCUGCCUACGUGGGUGGAAGACCGACUUGCGGUCAUGGGCGAUGCUGCACAUCCUUUCCUGCCGUACCGUGCGUCAGGCGGCGCAAUGGCUAUUGAGGACGCGGUCUCAUUGGGCGUUAUGCUUCACAAGGGUGUGUCUGUGGGAAGUAUUUCUGAGCGGCUGAAGCUAUAUGAAAAAGCCCGCCGUACCCGCGCAACGACAAUUCAGCAGUUGACACGAAAGAGCUCCCAUGGGCCUCUCCCACCGUCGGAAGAAAAAUCAAUGACCGAGUAUAUCUACGGCCAUGACGAACACGACCAUAGCACCCAAAUCCUGCGCAAACACCUCUGGGCACAAGAACCGCAAAAGUAUUGGCGCCAGCCCAUCGUCUUCGGGCCCAUGCCCGGCCCGCGUCAAGAUUUUAUAGGCCGUAGCCGUCUGGACCGGUCCCUAAAAUCUACGUUCCAAACAACCUCCAUUCGGUUCAAAACCAGUCGAACACUCCUGCAAAACUUGCUCCCGAAUGACUCGUGGUCCUUCUGCACGCCCAGCACGGUCGCCACUGCUACCUUCUCACAGACCCUGCUCAAUGGUAUGGACUGGCUCGGUGGCGGCGGAUACCGCCAUCUGGGUCUGUACAUUGAGGGCGUGCAGUACACAAAGGCCAACGGUGAGGUCGUAUCAGGGACAUACCUGCCGAUUCUAUUUGAGACUCUAGCGGACCCGAUUGUCAGCGGCCGUGAAGAGCUUGGGAUGCCAAAGCUGUAUUCUGCCCUUGAGGCGAAUGAGCGCGAGGGCUCAUAUUACCUUCAAGCGAGCUGGCAGGGCGCCGUCUGGGGGCGGUUCCAGUGGGAAGGACUCGAGGACCAAGAUCCGGCAACAACCGCCGGGCCAGGCGACAGUGGUGUCAACGGAGGCUUGCUUCUUCACCGCUACAUACCCAAAGUUGGGAGAGACUGCAAGGGUCAGGCGGAGGUUGAGUAUCCGGUGUUUGUCCCGAAUGCAGAUGAGAGCAAGAUGCUGGUCUCAAAGGUAAACCGGGUUCGUACAGCUACAAGGGCUGCAUUUGAGAUUGAUGGCCUUGGGUGGGAGGCUUUGCCAACGUUGCACCACAUCAUCGAGCGAUUGGCCGAGAUUCCAGUCGAUGAGAUUCUGUCGGCGAAAAUUGUCGAGGGAGAGGGGGUGCCGGAUGUGUCGUCUGCGCGCCGGAUAGAGUGA